GAAGCUGUUUUUCACAACGCUUCUGCAAUCCGACAGCUCAGCUCAUUUUUUUCUUCUCCGCUUGGUUCAGCUACAACUCGAACUUAAACAUGGUGUCCAUGGGACGGCAGAUGCUGGGCUUUAUCCUGGCCAUCAUUGGCUUCAUAGGAACCAUCAUCGUCUGCGCUCUGCCCAUGUGGAAGGUGACGGCCUUCAUUGGAGCCAACAUUGUGACGGCGCAGAUUAUCUGGGAAGGCUUAUGGAUGAACUGUGUGAUGCAGAGCACAGGGCAGAUGCAGUGCAAGAUCUAUGACUCUCUGCUGGCUCUGCCUCAAGACCUUCAGGCUGCCAGGGCUCUGGUAGUCGUCGCUAUCAUCGUGGCUGCUAUGGGAAUCAUCCUGGGUGUCGCUGGAGGAAAGUGCACCAACUUUGUGGAGGAGCCCCGAGCCAAAGUCAGAGUGGCCAUUGCUUCUGGGGUGGUCUUCAUCUGCGCUGGAGUGCUUGUCCUGAUCCCUGUGUGCUGGUCUGCCAACACCAUCAUCAGGGACUUCUACAACCCCAUCAUGACCAACGCCCAGAGAAGAGAGUUGGGGGCUGCGCUCUACGUCGGCUGGGGCACGGCUGCGCUUCUUCUCCUGGGAGGAGCCCUCCUGUGCAGCUCCUGUCCUCCCAAGAAUAAUGCUCCAGAGUAUCCAGUCAAGUACAGCGGAGGCUACAGCGGAGGCUACGGCGCACCCAGAUCAGUAGCCAGAUCCUCAGCUAACAGCCGAGCCUACGUCUGACAGCACUAAUCUGCUGAGAAAUGACUGUAAAUUAUUAACGUUUUUAAACAAUCUACCUUCAGGGUUAUUUACAUUCUGAGAGGCUGGAUUCUUUAACAAAUCUAAGAAUCCCCAUCUGGAAAAAAGACUAUAGCUUCUGAACAAGAAGGGACAAAGCUAUGGUGUGAACUGCGGUCCUGGCACUAAGGAUCCCCAAUAUUUACAUCAACAGGACUAUAAAACACUUGUAAGAGUAAGAGAGGUUCUAUUUAGA